AUGACAUCGGGGCUGCGAAGUAUAUCCUAUCAAGAACUAGCCCAGCACAAUACAGAACGUGACUGCUGGGUAUCCAUUCAUGGGACUGUAUGGAAUCUGACCUCCUUCUUGAACGAACAUCCUGGUGGAAGACGAAUCAUCAUCAAGGAAGCUGGACGUGAUGCCACUGCUGCAUUUAUUCCAUUCCACCCAAAGGACAUCGCUGAAAAACUGAUCUCCGGAGACCUAAAGAUGGGUGUACUGGAUACUAGCUCAACUCCUGUCGCCAAUACAGACACUGAAGAAGUCGUGGCAAAAAAGGUCGUGACUGCUGAUAAACCACCACUAGCUGCAAUGUUCAACAUCUUUGACUUUGAGGGUGUAGCUCGCAAAGUCCUCAAGCCAGAAGCUUGGGCUUACUAUUCGUCAGGUGCCGAUGAUGAACUCACACUACGAGAAAACCAUGCUGCAUUCCAUCGUAUCUGGCUCAAACCUCGUGUCCUCAUUAAUGUAAAAGAUGUCGACAUCUCCACAACCAUGUUGGGAACCAAAGUGAAACUCCCUAUAUACAUUACUGCCACUGCAUUGGGUAAAUUAGGUCAUCCAGAAGGCGAAGUCGUCUUGACCAGAGCUGCUCAUACUCGAGGAAUCGUACAGAUGAUGCCCACACUAGCUUCAUGCUCGCUAGCCGAAAUGACGGAAGCCGCUCAGCCAGGCCAAACCCAAUGGCUCCAACUAUAUGUAAACACAGACCGUGAAAACACCCGUAAAAUAGUAGAAGACGCCGAAAAGCGAGGUGUCAAAGGCCUUUUCAUAACCGUCGACGCUCCUCAACUCGGCCGUCGAGAAAAGGACAUGAGAACUAAAUUCGUCGAUGAGGCUCCAGACGUUCAAGAUGAAUCAACAGUAGAAAGAAAUCAAGGAGCUGCUCGAGCUAUAUCUAAAUUCAUUGAUCCAGCAUUAUGUUGGGCUGAUAUACCAUGGUUUAGAUCAAUCACCAAGAUGCCUAUUGCUCUCAAGGGUAUUCAGUCUGGUGAAGACGCAGUUACUGCUGCUCAGUAUGGGGUACAGGCGAUUGUAGUUAGUAAUCAUGGUGGUAGGCAACUGGAUACAGGUCGAUCUGCUGUGGAGAUACUGCCUGAGGUUGUGUCUGCUUUGAAGGAAGCUGGACUGCACGGCAAGAUGGAGAUCUACGUUGAUGGAGGUUUCCGUCGUGGAACAGACAUAUUUAAAGCUCUAGCGUUAGGGGCUACAGGAGUCGGUUUGGGUCGUCCCUUCUUAUACGCAAUGUCAGGAUAUGGACAAGCUGGUGUGGAAAGAGCACUCGACUUGCUACGAGAUGAACUGGAAAUGUGUAUGAGACUUAUGGGAACACCGACCAUUGCUGACAUCACAUCUGCACGUGUCUUGACCAAGAACCUGGAAUCGCAUGUUGGCGCACCACCACGAGAUGUGCUGGCAGAUGCAGUGUACGAUCCAUUGCGAGCCAUGCUCUAA